UAGUCGAAUAAAAACAUGGAAGAAGGAGACACUCACACAAAUUUUAUCCUUUCAACCGGUUACUUAAAUCGGUGAAUCCUUGUCGUUCUUCUCCCUGAUCGCAUCGUCUCUCGUUCCCAAUCUCAAUUGCAUUUCUGAGGUGUUUUUGUUAUCUGAGGUUUUGAUCUUAAUCCUAGAGAAUCAUCGCAGUUGUGGAGAUGUCUUUCGAGAGAAAAGAGUACCAAUUUCUGGCGGAGAUCGGAGUCGGUCCGGCGAAUCCUGGAUGUUACAUCAACGGAGAGUGGAAGGCACGCGGCCCGCUCGUCUCUUCUGUGAAUCCGUCGAACAAUCAGAGGAUUGCGGUGGUGACGGAGGCGUCUAUUGAAGAUUACGAGGAGGGGCUGAUGGCUUGCAGUGAAGCAGCAAAGAUGUGGAUGAAGAUUCCGGCGCCGAAGCGAGGUGAGAUUGUGAGGCAGAUUGGGGAAGCGCUUAGAGCGAAAUUGGGGAGUCUUGGUCGGCUUGUGUCGCUGGAGAUGGGGAAAAUACUGGCUGAAGGAAUCGGAGAGGUUCAGGAAAUUGUUGAUAUGUGUGAUUAUGCUGUUGGGUUAAGUCGACAAAUAAAUGGAUCCAUCAUACCUUCUGAACGUCCAGACCAUAUGAUGUGUGAGGUGUGGAAUCCUAUGGGCAUAGUUGGUGUGAUUACUGCUUUCAACUUUCCAUGUGCUGUCCUUGGAUGGAAUGCCUGCCUCGCAUUGGUAUGUGGUAAUUGUGUUGUGUGGAAGGGUGCUCCAACAACUCCACUAAUCACCAUUGCCGUGACAAAGCUAGUGGCUGAAGUUCUUGAGAAAAACAACUUGCCAGGUGCAAUAUUCACCUCUUUUUGUGGAGGUGCUGAAAUUGGUGAAGCCAUAUCAAAAGACGCUCGCAUUCCCCUGGUUUCAUUCACUGGGAGUUCAAAGGUGGGUCUAAUGGUCCAACAAGUUGUCAACCAAAGAUUUGGUAAAUGCUUGCUUGAAUUAAGUGGGAACAAUGCCAUCAUUAUCAUGGAAGACGCUGACAUUGGGCUAGCAGUACGGUCUGUUUUGUUUGCUGCUGUUGGCACGGCUGGCCAGCGCUGCACAACGUGUCGUAGGCUGCUAGUUCAUGAAAGUAUAUAUGAGACUGUAUUGAAUCAACUGAUUGAUGUCUAUAAACAAGUCAAAAUGGGGGACCCUUUAGAAAAAGGCACCCUUGUUGGACCACUGCAUACUCGUGCUUCGAAGGAGAACUUUGAGAAGGGCAUUGAGAUCAUAAAAUUUCAGGGAGGAAAUAUUCUGAUUGGUGGGUCCACUGUAGAAUCCGAGGGAAAUUUUGUGCAGCCAACAAUCGUUGAGAUUUCUCCAAAUGCCUCUGUAGUUAAGGAAGAAUUGUUUGGUCCAGUUCUUUAUGUGAUGAAAUUUCAGACUUUUGAAGAAGCAGUUGAAAUGAACAACUCUGUACCACAAGGAUUGAGUAGUUCAAUCUUCACUCGCAAACCUGAAGUUAUCUUCAAAUGGAUUGGGCCACAUGGAAGUGACUGUGGUAUUGUGAAUGUAAAUAUACCUACAAAUGGAGCUGAGAUUGGUGGAGCUUUUGGGGGAGAAAAGGCAACUGGUGGUGGUCGUGAAGCAGGAAGCGACUCCUGGAAACAAUACAUGCGGCGUUCAACAUGUACAAUCAAUUAUGGAAAUGAGCUACCACUGGCUCAGGGUAUCAAUUUUGGCUAGCAACCACUGUGGAGGUAUGUACUGUCUGUUCAUUGGGAAUAAUCUCCCAUCCGAUUGAUGGUUUGAGAUAAAUUCUGCUUUCAAGUUUAGGCCUUCUGUGUCAAAACAAUGUAAAUGGAGAUUCUAAGACUAUUGUUAGUUUUUUACUCCAGUUCUAAUAAAAUAGAACCAGCCAGAACAAUAAUUUUUAUAGCGUGAGUUGACUCUCUUCGUUCCAUUGGCCCCACUUGAACUUCUCAGCAUUUUUAAGGGUGUAAAUAUCAAACUUGCGAA